ACCAAAUUAACAUGUAUUUGGUCAGUUGAAUUCUACAUCCCAAAGCAGUUACAUUUAUUCAAACACACACAGUUUAUUACAGUAAAAACACAAUGGAGAAAAACGAAGUAAAGGGUAUUUUAAAAGCACCCUCAGGUGCAAUUAGUACAAAUUUACCUGUAAGAUCGGCCAAGUUCGAUGAGGUGAACAUUCUGGCCACAUUUCACCCCACCAACAAGGACUAUGGCCACAUGAUUAUCGAUGAGCCAAAGACACCAUUUGUCUUCGAUGAUGCCAUUCCGGAGGAGUUGGACAUGAAUGCCUUGAUUGAGAAGUUGCAAGUCACUUCGAAAACACAAAUGCCAGCAUUUGGAUUCGAUGAUGACUCCGAUGAAUCAUCGGAGGAGGAAGAGUAUCCAGAGUCGCUGGAGGAUAGUGUUCGUCGAUUGGACUUUGAGCGUCGUCGCAGGUUGCAUUACAGGGAGUUCUACUCGGUACCUUUGGCUCGAAGUCUUAUAUUCGAUGAAUUUGGCUGUCAAAGUAGCUCCGAAAUGAGCAUUUCCCAGGAGACAUCCUGCAAUGCAAAUAUUAGAGAAUCGUUUCCACCAUGCGGUGAACGUACUCAAGUGGAUAGCUCUUAUUACAUGGGUAUCUCUACGGAUAGCACUGCCGCUCAGGAAAAUAGAUUUAAUGAGCUGGGCUUUGAUCCCACGCAACCAUGUAAUCUAAAAUUAAUUGCAGAGAUUGAUGAACCGAUGGCAGAAUCACCGAAACUCAGCUCAUUAAGUCGCCUUCAAAGGAUGCCCUCGAUCACAUCGGAAUCACAUCAAUAUCUCAGGGUUCCGCAUUCGAGUACUCGAGUGACUACUACGGAUAGGUUACCCACCAGGGCAUCAACAUCCACCGUCAGGAAUGAACCACCACCAGUCCGUAUUUGCACCACCACCACCAAUGUGGAUUCCCAGGAUCAAAGCAAAAAGAAAGGAUCUUUAUAAGAGCGCCAAGUCGAUGUGUUUAUUUCAAUAAAUUUAUUAAGUUAAACAUAA